AUGAACCAACCCAAAGACUCUAAUGACGUGGAAUGGUUCUUGAAAGAGCUAUCCAAGAUGAGCGACAACAACGGUCAAGCGCAACCCGAUCAUAGCAGCACACCUAAAAACUUUGCUUCUGGAAUUGAUUCUUGGGGAGGUCUGCAAAUGGAAAGGGAGGGUGAUAGUUUUGGUACCGAGUGCCUCAUACCCAACGACUGGAAGGACACUGGUGUUAAUGCAACAGACAACCGUGCUGUGUACCUCAACGAGACAGCCAUGAUGGCACCUCCCCUUGGGCUUGAAACUUUACCUCUGCCAGACCAAGCGACAACCCAUAAUACCACCAGCGGUUCAAUCCUAGAGAGCGUAAGGCAAGAGUUGAAAAGGAGAGAUCAUGAGAUGCAGCAGGUCAAUGCGAAGCUGAUGACUGUAGAGGAGUACAUAAAGAACACAGCUCGGUGGAUUGAAACACACAAGGCAAUCACAAUGCCUCCAGAUCACUCUACACUGAUAUCGUGGCCAAAUGAAGGACCCACCGGAGGAAUCCACAUGACAGCUCUAGAUGCCAUGAAGCGCAAGCAAGAAGAAAGAGAUGGAGAACUACGUGAGAUCAAAGAAAAAAUCGGAGCCAUUGAAGAUUAUGUCAUUCAAGCAACGCAGUGGAUGAAGAAGUUACAUGAAACUAUCUCGCGCUGGGCAGAUUCCCCCUAA